GGUUAGCUCUCAUUGUACAGGCCAUGCUUCUAAAAUGCUAUAUUAUCACAGAAUUUCUGAUUUUAUGGAGGAUUCGCCUUAUCAUGAGUAUGGUGAACCUGCCACCUUUUAAUCCAGCUGGAUGCGAUUAUAUUGGAAGUGGGAAAACCUAUUCUUAUGCCAUAUACAGUUCAGUUUCGCUUACACAUCAAAAUGCUAUCACACGUUGCAGAAUGAAGCAUCCCAAUGGUGAAUUGGUUAAGCAGUUGAGUGGAAAUGAAGAUUUUGACAAAAUUGUCUCUGUAUUACUUUAUGUUGGCUACAUUAAUUUGAAUAUUGAAUUCUGGGUUGGAGAUGAUAAUCGUUUGAAGGUUGGUGAUGAAAAUUAUACUUCCAGGGAUGGUAGUUUGGCGCCAAUAAUAAGACUUGUCGCACAUUUGAACGCAACAUCUCCAACAGUAAUUGAAAUGAAGGAUAAAACUGAACAACAUGGAUUUAUUUGCUCUUUUCCAAAUUCUUUGAAAAGUAUCUGUCCUAAAGGUUUCAAACCUGUUAGGUAAUUUUUCUAUAGAAAUGAAUGCUUUGCAUGAAAGCUGACGAUUUUGUAACACUAGGACCUUACUGAUGCUUGGAAAUAAUAUAAGUGAAUGAACAACACUUUUUUGUUGGGAAAGAAAUUCAUCAGAGAAAAAAUUAUUCUUCCAAAAUGCAUUAUCAAAGGGAUUGUGGGAAAUGGAAUUUUGGUAAAAGAAACAAUGAGUGAAGAAGAUAAAUAUUUGUACAGACUAUGAGUAAUGAUUUAGUUUGGUAGUGAUAUAGAUAAUAACAAGCAGUGGGG